GAGACCAAACACGGCCUUAGGUUACCUUAUUUUAUCAAACUUUAUCUUGAAGCAGUAACGAACUCUGAGAGUGUGAGAGCUGAUGCUUUGAAGAAGAAGCCGUUAACAGCGAAAAAAGAAAAAAAUGCUUUUACAAACGACGAAUUCAUCUCCACUUUCUCAUUCAUUCAACUCGAGGCGGAAGAAUCUCUCUCUUCAAGAUAUCUUUCACCCCUGUAGUGCAACAAUUUUGAUGGCCUCCAGAGCUGGCCGUGGACUAAAAGUUACUAAAAUUUGCAACUUACAGAUACAUCAAAGGGAAUUGGAUAAGGAUUCUUAUAGCCUGGAAAAGUUUGAGAAUUCCUUCAGGAAUAUUUUGACCAUUGAGGAGAAUUUAUUUGUGAAAAGGCUAAUAAGUCACAGAUCUGGACUCUCAAUUGGGUCCAGCUCAUGGUUGAUUUCUGCACAAUUAGCAAACGCGGGUGAAAAUGUCAGACCGGAAGUGAUUUAUGAAGUUGGGGAGUUAUUUGAAUUGGGAAUUCAGCUAUCUUAUCUACUUUUACUAUUAGGUUUGCUUGGAGUUGGUACCUUCUUUGUGAUUCGUCAAGUCCUUGUACGUAGAGAACUUGACCUUUCUGCUAAAGAAUUACAGGAGCAAGUGAGAAGUGGUGAUGCCAGUGCAACCGAGCUUUUUGAACUUGGUGCAGUGAUGUUGAGAAGGAAAUUUUACCCAGCUGCUACUAAGUACUUACUUCAGGCUGUUGAAAAAUGGGACGGAGAUGAUCAGGAUCUCGCCCAGGUUUACAAUGCUCUUGGUGUCAGUUAUAUACGUGAUGGAAAGCUCGAGAAAGGAAUCACUCAGUUUGAAACUGCUGUGAAGCUCCAACCGGGCUAUGUCACAGCGUGGAACAACCUUGGUGAUGCCUAUGAAAAGAAGAAAGACUUGAAGUUAGCUCUCAAGGCAUUUGAAGAAGUGCUACUUUUCGAUCCUAACAAUAAGGUGGCACGGCCUCGACGAGAUGCAUUAAAGGAUCGUGUGAAACUUUACAAAGGAGUCCCUGUCAAAUCAAAAGACAGGUGAUUUUUGUCCCGUAGAGCAAAUAUUUUCAGUGUUGAUUAAGAUGAUGUGGACUCAAAUAAUUGAAUAAGAAGAUGAAGAUAAAGAGCACACAGAGAAAGGAAAUCUAGAAUCAAGGAGAGGGAAAGGACAUAGAACAUAUAA